ACGGAAGUUCAAAGUCCGAAAACAGCCGAAAAGUUCCGAACGAGUCCGACAACAACCGACAAACACCGACAACAACCGACGAAGUCCCGCGGAGCGGAGCGGAGUGCAGCAUGGAUCCGAGGCAGCGGCUCUUCGGCGGGCUGCUCCAGAGCAGGACGGCCGCCCUGGUGGCCGGGGGCGCGGCCGCGGCCCUGCUCGGGCUCGGGCUCGGGUAUCGGUACCUGCGGCGGGCGGAGAGAGCGGAGCCGGUCGGCGUCGUGUCGCAGCUGCUCGUGCACCCGCUCAAGUCCGGCAGAGGAGUGUCGGUGUCCGAGGCGGAGUGUCUGCAGCUCGGCCUGAAGAGCGGGGAGCUGCGGGACCGACACUUCCUGCUGGUGACGGAGGACGGCCACAUGGUGACGGGCCGCCAGCAGCCCCGCCUGGUCCUGGUGUCGCUGACGUGUGACGGAGGUCUGGGCCGCCUGACGGGUCCGGACAUGGAGGAGCUGCGGUUCCCCCUGGACCGGCCGCAGAACCCCGUCCUGGACUGCAGAGUCUUCAGCUCGGACGUCCAGGGCCGGGACUGCGGGGACGACGUGUCCCGCUGGUUCACUUCCUUCCUCGCCGCUGAGAAAACCUUCCGGCUGGUUCAGUUCGAGGCUCACAUGAAAUGCAGGAGACCGCUGGAGGCGGAGCCGCAGUUCCCCGAGUACCAGGUGGCGUACCCGGACUUCUGCCCGGUGAUGCUGCUGUCGGCGGCGUCGGUGGACGACCUGAGCAGCCGUCUGGAGCAGGAAGUGACGGCCGAGCGCUUCCGGCCCAACAUCGUGGUCGGCGGCUGCCGGGCCUUCGACGAGGACUCGUAGGAGCUGCAGAUCGGCGGCGUGCGGCUGCAGCGCGUCAUGGCGUGUGGAAGGUGCAUCUUCACCACCGUGGAUCCAGAAACAGGCGUCAUCAACAGGAAGGAGCCUCUGGAAACCCUGAAAAGCUACCGCCUCUGCCAUCCGUCCGAGAAGCACCUCUACAAGUCGUCUCCGCUGUUCGGCCAGCUGCACAAGGUCAAGCAGGAGGGGGCGCUCCGGGUCGGAGACGUGGUUUACAAGAUCAGCCGCUGAGACCGGGACCAGGACCGGGACCGGGACCAGGACCGGGACCGGGACCAGGACCGGGACCCCCUGCAUGACCCACGUUCACAAUCAGCAGACAGCUGAACACACUAAUCACCUGAUUCACCCUCAGCUGAUCCUGCCGAGGCGAAGGCUUCAUCACACUAAUCCGUCACUUUAACGCUUCAGAUUCACCCAGAAGCCCCUGCUGUGAAUCUCAGGAGGAUAAAGACAAGCGCCAUGAUUCGCUCGCCGCUGAUCGGAAAAGCAUCCAAUCAAGUAUCUAGAAUCCACAAUUCUGUCUCAUUCAGAGCAAUAAAGCUGCUUGGCUCCGCCG